AAGAACACAGCUGGUACACUCCGACUUCAGUUGACUCCACCAACAACAGCRAUGACUAUCAAGACUUUGAAAAAACGUUCAUCUGAAUUGGCGUUGGCUUCUAUUCGGUACGUUUGUUUGUCGUGUCGUCAUUCUUCUGGUCACUCGGCGGGUUUYAUCUAAUGAAACCAUCGGCGGGCGAAUUCUGUCAUUCAUUAUUUUCGAUGCGUUCCAUGAUCAUGUAUUCUUACUUCGUUGAUAUGUCUGAACCGCGAUGAAAAAAAUAAUUCGUCAUYACAAUAGGGAUGAAUCGAUGUCGAUGAAACCGGUGCUUCCUGCUUCAAUUCUAGAUGCGUGGACAUCUUUAGCGCCCGAGGUCCGAGCGGCGUUGAUUGCCGCAGAAACAUCGUCGCAAAAGUCGGGCUCUUUGCCGACAAAUGCCUCUGUCUCAAGCAUGACUUCCUCCUCYAGUAGUUCCGAUGCGAGCAUCGAAAAGAGCACGAGCAGCGGCUCCGACGACGGAGCUGAUGAUACAUUYRUUGAAUUUGAUCCYGAAGCAGGGACAAAGACCACUCUUMGACCACUGGAAAGGGCCCCGAACAAUGUUUUCGAAAUCACGAAAACAACCUCCAAGGAAACAAUUACCGUCGAAAAGACUGGAUCUGCGACCGUGACCACUAAAAAAACUAUGAUGGCGACGACGAAAGGAUGGAGAAAUGUCUUCUCGYUACCUAUUUCUUACGACGUCAACAUGGUACCAAGGGGAACAUUACUAGAUCCAUCCAACAUGCAGUUGCUUGAAGCGACAGGAGUCCAMACAGAAGGAUACAACACCCGGUUCGCCGUCAUUGACGAAGCSGUCAAUGGGUUUUAUGGAGAACGCAUUAUGCAGUAUUUCAAGGCACAGAAYAUUGAGCUCCACACAAUUGUUAUUCCUGGUGGAGAGCCCGACAAACGAAGUGGUGUGAGUACGAYCGUUUGGGUUGACCGACCGACGUAUUGUAUUUCUCAACUUUUCUAACUUGCAYGACUUAUUUUCCYYCAAUUCUAGGCGAUCGACAAAAUUCUCGAUGCCAUGUGUGURUACAAGUUGAGAAGGAGAGAACCRUUCUUGGCUAUUGGCGGGGGUGUUGUGCUGGAUAUUGCUGGAACUGCUGCUUGCCUYUACCGCCGGGGUGUGCCGUUUGUCCGAGUUCCCACCACCCUUCUAGCCAUCGUCGAUGCCAGUGUCGGGGUGAAAAAUGGAAUCGAUUAUUGCUGCAGCUUGACAGACGAGACCUACAAGAAUCGUGUUGGUUCCUUCUAUGCUCCAAGUUCUUGUCUCUUGGACACCGAUUUCAUCGCAACACAGGACAGUCGAAAUAUUUCAAAUGGUUUCGGGGAGAUCRUCAAGCUCGGGCUWGUGCGUUCGGAAGAUUUGUUUGAAUUAUUGGAAACGCACGGUGAAGCGUUGAUCGAAUCGAGGUUCACUGACACCCCCUCUGUCCCAGAUGGCGUUGCCCAAAGAAUMAUUGACCUKUCGAUUCAAAUCAUGCUCGAAGAAUUAGGACCUAAUCUGUGGGAGUAYAAUUUAGAGCGCUGUGUGGACUACGGGCACACUUUUUCAAARCUSCUCGAAAUGGUCCCAGGGGUGGACAUCAUGCACGGCGAGGCCGUAAAUAUCGACGGSUUCUUCUGCUGUUUGUUGAGCUACUUGAGAGGCUAUGUCACCAUGGAUACGGUCAAUCGUGUWUUCCGUUGCAUGCAAGCUCUCAAGCUGCCAACGACAUCUUCUCACYUCCAAUCCGAAUUGGCGUGGCAGAGUUGUAAAGACGCUGUGGAACACAGACAUGGAGCCAUGCGAAUUCCUUUGAUUACGGAUAUCGGAGAAAGCGUGGUCGUCAGUGACAUAACACCAGAAGAACUKAACAGAGCGAUCGAAUUAUUGCAAACGUUCAAGCACACAAUGAGCGGAGAAUAAGGAAGAAAAAUCCAGAUCUAUG